GUUUUGCGACGGCGCCAUGUGGGGCAUUCUCAGGCGGAGGAGUUCCUCCGGGUUCUCGCCGUCGUCCACCGCCGAGGAGGUCACCGCCGGCAUCGACGGCUCCGGCCUCGUCGCCGUCGUCACCGGUGCCUCCAAUGGGAUUGGGGCUGAAACAUGCCGGGUUCUGGCGAUGCGGGGGGUUCAGGUUGUGAUGGCGGUCAGGAACCCAUCUGCCGGCGCACGCGUCAGGGACGAGAUCUUGAAGCAGGCUCCAGCUGCAAAGAUUGAGAUUCUUCAUCUUGAUCUUAGCUCGAUGUCAUCGGUCAGAAGAUUUGCCGAGAGCUUCGUUGCGCUCAACCUUCCUCUGAACAUUCUGAUUAAUAAUGCAGGGGUUGCGUUUGUGCCCUUCAAGCUUUCAGAGGAUGGCAUUGAGCUGCAUUUUGCAACGAAUCACCUUGGGCACUUUCUGCUGACAGAUCUUUUAAUUGAGAAGAUGAAAGUUACAGCUAUGGAGAGUGGCAUAGAAGGAAGGGUUGUGAUAGUUGCUUCCGAGAGCUAUAGGUUCCCCUAUCGAGAGGGGAUUCGUUUCGAUAAGAUCAAUGAUGAAUCUGGGUAUAACAAAUUCCUCGCUUACACCCAAUCCAAGCUUGCCAACAUAUUGCAUUCCAAUUUACUGUCUAGCCACUUAAAGGAACAAGAUGCAAAGGUUACAGUGAACUCUCUUCAUCCUGGAGCCGUUGCAACCAACAUUUUGCAUCACUGGGGCUUCCUGUACGGUGCUUUCUUUGCAAUUGCUAAAUUUUUUGUUAAAGGUGUUGAACAGGGCGCAGCCACAGUGUGCUAUCUGGCAUUGCAUCCUCAGGUUGCUGGGGUCACCGGCAAAUACUUUGUCGACUGCAAUAUCACUGAACUGAAAUCUCCUGCGCUCGACAUGGAACUCGCGAAAAGAUUGUGGGAUUUCAGUCUCAACCUAAUCCGUUGAUACAGAUUGCUGCAAUUAACAGCCGUGUGAAUCUUGUUCUGGGAAACAAGCUGGAUCGAGUGAAGAAACAAAAAGUAUAAAGAACUUGGUAUAAAGUAUUUCUAGAGAUAAUUAAUGAAUGGGGCACAGGUUGUAAUAGGUAGGAUCUAAAAUACAUGGGCCUGCAAGACCCCAUGAUCUGGGGCAUGCUUAACUAACCCAGGUACUAUGAUUGUUUCCAGGAACCCCAUGUUUAAACAUAUAUUGUCUAUUUGACUAAUAUAUUUACGUAUAAUAAUUGUAAAAACAUAUCAUGUGAUAUUUUUGUAUAUGUACACACUAGCCACAUUUUCAACAUGUGUUAGU